GACUUAGUCACUUUGGAUUGGUUUGUAUUUUGUGUGAAAAAAGAAUGUUUGUUUGGGAGAAAAGCGCCACCUGGUAAUCAUUCAUUUCCGCAUCUGCAUCAUAUAAUUCUGAGAAGUUAUUAUGGUUCAAGAGGAGGUUAUUAUAACAGAGUAACACAACUUGAGAGUUUUGUAAGGGAUGACUAUAAAUCUGGAAGGAUUAGAAAGCUUGAUGAUGGUUUGAGGUACUUUGACCAGUUGAUUAGGGAAAGGCCGUUACCAUCUAAUGUUACAUUUUGUCAUGUAUUGGGAUCAUUAACGAAGAUCGGAUGUUAUUCAGAUGUGAUUCUGUUGUAUAAGAAGAUGAAUUUGCUUGGGGUAAAACCAGAUAUUUAUACAUUCAGCAUUUUGAUCAAUUGCGUCUGUCGAUUAGGAAAAGUUGAUCAUGGGUUUUGUUUGCUUGGAGAGAUUAUAAAGCGAGGUUAUCAUCCUAAUGUUAUCACUAUCAAUACACUCAUUAAAGGGUUGUGUCUUCAAGAGAAGAUUGAACCUGCCUUUCAAGUGUUUGCUAAAAUGACUCACACAGGUAUUCAACCUGAUGCCUUUACGUGUAAUACUCUUAUACAAGGGCUUUGUAGAAUUGGUGAAGUGGGUCGCGCUCUUCAGCUUAAAAACAACAUGGUGAGAUGGAACUGCAGACCAGAUGAUGUUUCUUAUUUGGUCAUCGUAGAUGUUCUUUGUAAAGGAGGUCUAGUUGAUGAAGCUUUGGUUCUCUUCUCCGAAAUGCUUAGAGAUUCAAAUGUUGUACCCACUGUAAACGUUUACACUUCUUUGGUCAAUGGAUUCUGCAAUUCAGGUCGGUUGAAUGAGGCAAAGAGACUCCUUCAAGAGAUGGCAAGUAGAGGAAUCUCUGCGGAUGUAACUACUUAUACUACUUUGAUUCAUGGUCAUUGCCUACAUGGUCAAUGGGAAGAAGCGAGAAGAUACUUUGAUGAAAUGAUGGAUCGAGGGAUUUCACCUGAUACAAUAACCUUCAGUAUAUUAAUAGAUGCACAUUCGGUUAUAUUGUUUGACUCGAUGGUGGAUAGGGGCCUUGAGCCAAAUGAAAUCAGCUACAAUGUGUUAAUCGAUGGGUAUUGCAAGAAUCGUAAGUUGGAUGAAGCUAUGCACCUAUUCAACAAAAUGAAACAAAAUGGAUUGCAACCCACAACAGUUGCUUACAAUAUUCUGUUAAGGGGACUAUACCGGGAUGGAAGAAUGAAGACUGCACAAAGGUUUCUUAAUGAGAUGCAAUCUUUUGGUCAAUUUCCAGAUGAAGUGACAUACAACACCAUCCUGGAUGGUCUCUGCAAGAAUGGAAAAAUGGAGGAGGCAACAGAAUUGUUUGAAUCCAUGGAAGGUGCAGGAAUCUCAGAUAAUAAUUACAGGUAUAGCAUUCUUAUUCAUGGUUUGUCUCAGGUUGGGCGGUUGGAAGAUGCAAGAAAACUGUUCAAUGAGAUUCCGAACAAAGGAUUUGUUCCUAAUGUAGUAAUAUAUAACAUAAUGAUCAACAGCCUCUGUCGCAACAGGAUGGUAUUGGAGGCUGAAAAACUAAUCAUGGAAAUGAAGAGAAGGGUUGUUUACCAAAUGGUCGAACGUAUGAUACUAUCAUUAGGGCUCUUCUUAUAG